AUGUUUUAAUCCGGUUUUUAUAAGUUUUUGGUACGGAGGAUUUAUAAAAAUCAUGAUUGCAAACGCGAGUACUCGAAGUCUGCAAAGUAUGUACAAGAAUCGCAUCUCCCGUCGAGGGAGAAAGCUGCAGAUAUUUGACGAUCAAAGGGUGCUGGUUGCGCUGCCGAAAGACAUUCCUGAGAGAACUUGGGCUGAGGUCCUUCAAAAAGAAGAAAACGAGCUGGUGUGCUUGGACAUCCGGGAGGAGAUGCUCGAGAAUGCGCUACGCAUCGGAUAUGAACACUACAUGGAGAAGCAAAACAUUUUCUUCGUCGUCCACUGCGCCGCCGAGGCCUGGCUGAAACUCAUUGAUUGGCACUUCUACCGUCACGACCCAGGCGAAGAUCCUACGGCUUAUCCUCCUUGCUACAUUCCUAACCGAGUAGAGUCUUGGAUACCUGACGAACCGCCUCCCUACUCACCCACUGAUACCUGGUGUCGAACUUACCUCAAUAAACCUGAAAAUUGUGUGGUUUAUGACUUGCCUAAGACGGAAGCGUGCAGCGCCGACUCUCUGAAACUUCCUGUUGUAGAAGAUAUCCCAGAAAAAUACUGGUUCCCAGCCAAAUUGAACCUCAGGACAUAUUACGUGGGAAAAGAUGGAACACUUCACCGUGAGACUUUAAUGACCGACAAGGACGGUAACCGUUUGCCUCCGCUAAUCGAGCGAGUGGAUGACAACGGCAGCUGGUACCCCGUUUGUGAGACUCCGUCGAUAGAGGCGCAGUCCUCGCCAGAUCUCGAUUUAAACACGGACAGCGAGGUGUUGCAAAAGGUCACAGAUUACAGUACUGAAGGCUUGAUUUGUAAGACGUCGUCUAUGAGCAUCCAGAAGAACACUACGCCAAUAGACGGAUCGCUGCACGGCGCCGGAGAUUCCACGGUGGGGAUGGAACGUAUGAAGCGACGAACCUCUUGGGGUAAAGGGCGUUCUAUGAGCCGACUAAUUCGGCCUUGUAGUUCGGGCAAAUCGAAACACUUCCUGCCGCCGUUGGACGCCGAGUCCCGCAUCAGCAUCAUUUCCGACUGUCGUCUAAGGAAUUUGAGAUUGGACACGCAGUUCGAAUUGUCCGAUGAACGCAUUGAAUCGCCGUUCGGAGAUGGCACUAAGAAGAAAUAAACAGUAAUGUUACAC